CCGGCGGGGCAAGUCACGGGCUAACAUUCCCUCGACUAGCUGGCGCGCUCUGGGCGAUCGUCUCCGACAAACGACUUAACGAAUAGAGAGCCACGAGCGCCUACUCCGACAUGGACUUUGGGACACACAACGUUUCCGACCCUAUGGCUUACAGGGGAGGAGGAGUGUCCUUUGGUUACCCCGAAGGGUUUACGCUGAUGGACCUAGUUCCCGACGACGUCAAACCUCUUGUUCAUCCCCACUGGAGCAACUUUCCUCCCGUCAACCCUAUGUGGCACUAUUUGCUGGCAGGUAUUUACAUGAUCCUUGGUUUCCUUUCCUUCUUCGGCAAUGGUAUCGUCAUGUACCUGUUCCUGUGCAAGAAAAGCUUGCGUUCUCCUGCAAACAUGUUCGUCGUUAAUCUGGCUUUCAGCGACUUCAUGAUGAUGGUGUCUCAGUUCCCCAUGUUCGUCAUGAACUGCUUCAGCGGAGGCUACUGGUCUCUGGGCGCCUUUGCCUGCCAACUCCAUGCCUUCACUGGAGCUCUCUUUGGCUUGACAUCCCUCUUGACACUGGCUGCAAUUGGCUAUGAUCGCUACUGCGUGAUCGUCAAAGCCUUCGACGGAGGCCACAUCAGCUCGGGAAAAGCUUUCAUCAUAAUUCUUCUGUGUUGGGGAUAUGCCACAGCAGUUUCAAUCUGGCCAUUCUUCGGUUGGAACUCAUAUAUCCCUGAAGGUAUCCUUACCUCCUGCAGCUUUGACUACAUCAGCCAAGAUUGGAGCACCAAGUCCUUCGGCCUCUUCCUGUUCAUCAUGUGCUACUGCAUUCCGCUCACUCUCAUCAUCUUCGUGUACUCCCAGAUCGUGGGCGCCAUUCGCCAGCACGAAAAGGCUCUCCGAGAACAAGCCAAGAAAAUGAACGUGGAAAACCUCCGCUCCAACGCCGACGCCAAGAAGCAAAGCGCUGAAGUUCGAAUCGCCAAGGUGGCAGUGGCCAAUGUCUUCUUGUGGCUGCUGACGUGGACGCCCUAUGCCUACGUUGUCUUGACUGGACUGUUUGGAGAUCAAACGAAGGUGACUCCACUUGUCUCCGCCCUGCCCGGCCUCAUCGCAAAGACCGCCUCUGUCUACAACCCUAUCAUGUUCGCCAUCUCGCACCCCAAGUUCCGCCUCGCCCUUCAGGAGGCCAUGCCAUGGUUCUGUGUCCACGAAGAGAAGGACGACGACACGAAAUCCUCGAAGACUGAAUCGGAAGCUCCAAAGUAAAGCCUUCUAUCUAAGGCUUACUUGAGGGCAAUCACAAAAUUCAUGUCGCCUGAGAUGGCUUUUAUGAUUAUCAUCAAGUGUAUUAGGUAUUAUGCUUAAUUGCUAUUGAUGUGAUACAGAUGCUAGGAUAUUUAUGGGUAAACGGAAGCUGCUUUUGACAACGCACAUCGCUAAUUUUAAAACAGUUGUAAGUGACGUCUCUAAAUGCCGAUAAUAUCUUGUAGUUGUUGAACCUUGCAAUAAAAAGAA